AUGACGAUCUCAAAGCACAAGUCGCUACAGCCCUUGUUCGACGUUUCGUCCACCUCCUCCUCAACCGACGACGAAGAGGACGACGACGGCGCCCGACCUCGACGAUCGCAGCGAGGCAAGCCAAGGGGCCACGAUGCGCGGAGCACGGCGAUUCUGGAGCGGGCGUACUCGUACAGCCAGAGCAUCACGCACGUCGAGAAGCUGGCGCUGGCGGAGCAGACGGGCCUGCAGCCGCGGCAGGUGACGAUUUGGUUCCAGAACAAGCGCAAUCGAAACAAUCGCAAGGCGAGGCAGCUGGCCGCCUCUGGCAUCUGCGACACGGCACCGAGCGAGCAGGAUCACGAGCAAGCCCAGCCUACGCCGCCACAGCCGAAGCCUGAGAGGAAGCGAAAGCUGGCCACCCUCAACAUCGACGCCACUACCAGCCCUCGACGACCACAGAGCUCGCCCUGUCCGCCCUCCGACGUCGACGACGACGAGCUCAUCGGCAGCGAUGCUGAGGGCCUUGGAAGCCCGUCCAACGUGGCUGCUAGCGCCCUUGCCGCCGCCACCGCCACCACCAAAAGGCCUCGUUUCUCGGACGACCGCUCGCCCUCGGCUGGAUCGUCGUGCUCGUCAGCCUACUCGGGCAUGAGCGCCUUCACCCAAGGCACCGACACCUCGAUCGCCACCACCGUCGACUCGCGCAGCAGCUAUCCAAGCUCGGCCAGCUCCCACGAUGGCGACGACUGCUCCUCGAGCGUCUUUGGAGAGACGUCCUACGACCUUUCGACCUUCGCCGAUGUGUCCUCCAGCUCACAGAGCGCAAGCGCAAGCGGACAACGUCUGCCGGGUGGCUGGUGCGACCCAGCCUUGGCUGACGCGCGCAGGGUCCGCUCUCCGUCGCAGCAGAGCACGACCGACGACGAGCUCGCCUUUACGCACGGCUCCAACAUGCCGCGCUACGACCUCAGCGACCUCGAGCUGAGCCCGCGUUCGCUUUCGCUGUCGCUCGAGGCCAGCUGCAACGAGGCGCUGAUGGGUUCGUGGCAGCGGCAGCCUGUCAGUCCCUGCGGCACGACGGCACGCAAGGACGACGAUGACGACGAGUGGGAGGACGUCGAGAUGGAGCAGGCGCCAUCGUCGGAGGCGCCAUCAUCCGCUGCCAGGACGCACGGCAAGAAGCCAGCCAGGCACUCGAGCACCUCGUCGCUGGGCAUGGCGCCGCUCGAGCCCCCCUCGCGUCACGCAUGGCAGGCCCAUGCCGGCUUCAGCAGCGUCCAGAUGACGCCGACGCAGGCCAGUUUUGGCGCGGCGUCUACCACUUGGAGGCCAGCAGUACCCUCCAGUUCCUCCCUGCAGCCUCAGCGCUUUACCACGCAAGAGGAACAGUUCAACACGGCCUGGCUCGCCGAGCUCGAGGCGAUGCUCGCCAAUCCGUCCUCGACCUGCCUCACGAGCGACCCCAACGAGCCGAUACCGUGCAUCACCUUGACCGACAUCGAGAUGAGCCAGGACGAGCUCGCCGCGUUCGCAUGGGCCAAAGUCGAGCCCGCCUCGUCGUCGUCGUCACCCUCGUCGUCGUCACAAGGGCAGCACGAGGAAGCACAGACCUGGUUCGACUUCACCCAGGGCUUCGUACCACCCCCGCCCUCUGCGUCUGCUUCGGCUUCGGCUUCGCCGCCCGACUAUCGAUCGUGA